AUGCCAGAAGAGCAGGAAAACUUGAACGAUCACGUCGCAAAGCACUACGAGCCCGGAAAUGUUACGAAUCUAGCCGUCUACGACGAAAGGAGUAAGAUCAUCCAGCACUAUCUAGUCUCCAAGCCCAUCUGCCUCCCUGAAAGCGCGACAGACAAAUCUACACGAGGUUAUUGGGCCGCCAACGCAAACAAAGACAGCUGGCAGAUUGUCUUUCUCAAAGAUACAUGGCGGGAUGAUGAAGAUGGCGCACCAAAGGAGGGCUCAACCUACGAGAUUCUGAAUGCAAGUUGCGCGCAAAACGUGCCGACCAUGUGUGGUCACGGAGAUGUCAGGCAAAGUGCUUCGUCAUAUGCCUUUCCCCGUCUUGGGGACACCUUCGAUGACAUCAACAUGGGAUAUCAGAAGACUGUGACCCAGAUUUACGCAAGGGCCAGUUGGUCCGUUAGGGCCGGCAGGAAAGUUAGAGUCAAGGCCUACAUGCACUAUCGCCUCGUUUUGGAGCAAGCCGCUGUCACGCUGAAUGACUUCAAGGACUCCCGUGAAUUGUUCAUUGCCGCUCAUGACGUGAUCACUGCUCUUCGAUGCGCUCGUGAUUCUCGACUACUUCACAGGGACAUUAGCUCAUCCAAUAUUCUUUUAUUUCGUAAAACUACAGGGGAGCGCAGGUAUGGACUUUUGGCCGAUUGGGAUGCGUGUAGCACCACGGAUGACCAGGGUGUUGCGAAUGAUACAUCAGUGGCUGGAACAUGGCCCUACCUCUCUGCGGAGGCGGCUCGAGGCUCGUCUGAUUUCCGUCACACUCUUCAGGAUGACAUACAGUCCCUACUUUAUGUUCUCUUUUACUGCUGCCUGACCCUCCUCCCACACGCAGAUGUGGAGGACUUAGGAUGCGAUGUCGCGGACUUCUUCGAUGAGGUGAACGAUACGGUCUUGUUAAGGAAGCGAGGUUUGACAAAGAAGUACUGGAUCACCAACCACAAAUUUGCUGUGAAGAACAUCCAGGCAUAUCAUUUUGAGGAGGGAGUAGAGCGACUACUCAAGGCAGUCUUUAAGGGUCUACAUCGUCACUAUCUCUGGCAGGAAACCCACUCUCAUGCAACGUCUUCUGAUGAGGUUAAGGGUUCUGAGUGGACAAUAGAGAAAAUGGCGCAAGUUUUUGGUGAUCUCUUAGGGAACCCAAAUUUCUUCGUGGAUCUCAAGACCGACAAGUGGCGAACAGAACUCUUAGAGUUUCGGAAGCAACUUAUCCACGACUUCGUACAACCCGUACAGUCCAAUUUUCCAAAGAGUGGACUGACGGACGACAGGAGUGAGGCUGGGCAAUGAAUUAAUGAUGGCUCAGAGGUGUCAACGAUGCCUAAUCCCAAGAAGCUGAGGAUCUAGUGAACGAGAAAGAAGC